AUGAGGGCAGUCACGGUUACGAAUUCCAUGGAGCUAACCUCAUUCCCCGAACUGUUGGAUGUCCUUGGCGGCACGCUCGAGAUUCGCGACAACAAGGGCCGCACCGUUCUCCAUCACAUCGCUGUCACGAGCGCCGUAAAGGGUCGCAAUGCCGCGAGCCGCUACUACCUAGAGAGCCUGUUGGAGUGGAUAGUACGGCAGGGAAGCGUACCGAGUAGCCAACAAGCCACCAAUGGCCUCAAUGGGCAUUCGAGCAGCGCACCGAAUAGCUCUCAACAGCAGCCACCGCCAAAGAUGGGACUGGCCAAAUUCAUGGCCGAGAUCGUCAACGCCCAAGACAAUGCCGGAGACACCGCUCUGAACAUUGCCGCUAAGAACGGGAACCGGAGCGUCAUCUCUCAGCUUCUCGAAAUCGGCGCCGAUAACAAGACGGCCAAUAGAUCUGGUCUUUGCCCGCUCGAUUUUGGCGUUGGUGUUGACGGCCCGAGCGAGAAUGGUGCGCAUGGCGACGCCAACAACGACGCCAGCCGCUUCGUCGGCAGCUCUCAGCGAAGCAAAGAGAGCCGUGACCAAAUCAUCCACUCCAUCUCGACACUCCUUGACCAAACGUCGGCCGAAUUCCAAAACGAGCUCAAGACCAAACAAGCAUCCCUAGAUAACCUCCACUCGUCCAUACGUGCCACCUCGAGUCAAAUCAGCGAUCAGCUCGGUAGACAACAAAUCGUCAACUUGUCGCAUGCUCGCGAGGAUGGACAAGGAACCAAGGGCGCCGAGGCCGCUUCCGCCUGGGAAACCGAGCUUGGCGCUGCGCUCGAAGCCGCGACCGACAAUACAUCGUAUUUCCCUUCCGCAAAUCUCAUCCGCACCCGAACCAAGGCCGUGUCAGGGCGCAAUGACGCUACGAGGAAGAUGGUUCAGGCUCUCAAGGGCCGCAGCCGUGAGGUCGAAUUCAAGUACCGUCGAAUUGUGUCUCUGUGCACCGCUGUUCCGGAGGGCGACAUCGAUGUCGUGAUCGACAGCCUACUGAGAGCUGUCGAGAGCGAGAAGGAGAGUUGGAGAUUGGUCGCGUAA